AUGAAGAAGUUUUUUGACAAUCGCCGGGAGCUGGGGAGCUCAGGGCUGGGGACGGCUGGAGGAGGCGCUGGAUCCGGUGGAGGGAGCAGCUUCAUUGGACGAGUUUUCAGCAUUGGUCGCUACCAAGUCACGGUCGAGGAAAUUGUUGCUGAAGGAGGAUUUGCAAUAGUAUUUUUGGUGCGCACACAUCAAGGGGCUCGCUGUGCACUCAAGCGAAUGUAUGUAAACAAUGAACAUGAUCUUCAGAUCUGCAAACUUGAAAUACAAAUUAUGAGGGACCUUGUUGGCCAUAAAAACAUAGUAGGUUAUCUGGACUCGAGCUUAACGGCGGUUGGUUCUGGUGAUAUCUAUGAAGUUUUAAUUCUAAUGGACUUUUGCCGAGGAGGACAGGUGGUGAAUCUAAUGAACCAAAGACUUCAGACGGGGUUUUCUGAGGCAGAGGUCUUGCAGAUCUUUUGUGACACUUGUGAAGCUGUUUCUCGUCUCCAUCAGUGCAAAACCCCAGUCAUCCAUCGAGAUCUUAAGGUAGAAAACAUACUCUUACAUGACCGAGGACACUACGUGCUCUGUGACUUUGGAAGUGCAACUAACCGAUUCCAGAACCCUCAGACUGAGGGAGUGGCUGUUGUGGAGGAGGAAAUCAAAAAAUACACUACUUUGUCUUACCGGGCCCCAGAGAUGGUUAACCUCUAUGGUGGAAUUGUUAUUACUACAAAAGCAGACAUUUGGGCCAUGGGGUGUUUACUGUAUAAGCUCUGCUUCUUCUCACUCCCCUUUGGAGAGAGUUCAGUAGCCAUCUGUGAUGGCAGUUUCACCAUCCCAGACUAUUCUCGGUAUUCUCAGGAUAUGCACUGUCUCAUCAGAUACAUGCUUGAACCUGACCCUGAAAAGAGACCUGACAUCUAUCAAGUGUCCUACUUUGCCUUUAAACUGGCCAGGCGAGAAUGUCCUGUCCCAAAUAUGCAUAAUUCCCUCAUUCCUGCAAAACUUCCUGAACCCAUCAGGGCCAGUGAAGCUAUGGCCAAAAAGAGUCAAACCAAAGCUCGACUUACAGACCCUGUACCCACCCUGGAAACCUCAAUUGCUCCACGGCAGCGACCAAAAGCCGGCCAGGCUCAACCUCAACCAAUUUCUGGCAUGCUUUCCAUUCAGCCUGCAGCCACACCGCGCAAAAAGUCCACUGGUGGACCAGGUGGUGUCUCAUCUUUAGCCACUGCAGCUGUUCAGCCUGGGUCACAGUCAGCUCAGCAGCCAGAUAAUGUGCAGCCACAGACUACACCACAACAUCAGCAUCUCCUAAUGAAGCAACAGCACGGCAAUUCAUUUUUAUGCCCCGGAAGUAACCAGCAGACUGUCCAUCUUCGUAAAAGUGCCUCUCUGGCGUCCACUUUGCUGCAGUCCAGAGCUAAAGUGUCCCAGCAGCAGCAAAAGCAGCACGCUGCUUUCAUUUGCUCUGCACACGAGUUGGUGCCUGAGCCUCCUCAUCUCACUACAAUUCCAGAGUCUGCAGCUGUUGCUCCUGGAGCGAAUGUGGAAGUUGUGAGCCGAGGUGUACACAAAGCUGGCUCCUUGACACCGCCUUCAUCACCAAAGAUGGCUCAAAAAAGUGGACACAGGCGAAUCCUGAGUGAUGUCACUCACAGCACUAUUUUUGGGGUUCCUGUUAGCCAUUCCACCCAGCUUCUUCACGCAGCAGCAGCUGAAGCCAGCCUCAUCAAGUCCAAAUCUGCUAGCACUACUCCCUCUGGCUCUCCCUGCUCAUCCCAACAAAGUGUGUACCACGCACCCGACAGCAGCAGCGCAGCAGUCCACCCCACAGGCAACAGUCACUCCGGUUGGAACCCUUUUGGAGAUGAUAACUUCUCAAAGCUUACAGCAGAAGAACUUCUAAAUAAAGACUUUGCAAAACUUGCAGAAACUGGUCUAUCAGGGGAGAAACUCUCUGGCUCCAGUGAAAAUAUUAUCUCUGGGAUUCAAGCAUUUCCAGGAGCAAAGGGUCACAUCUGCUGUACCAUUGUGUGA